UGGACCCCUGAGUCUUGAUCCUCCUCCUCCUCCUCCUCCUCCUCCAGCACCAUGGAUAGCUCCGGGAUGCUCCGCGCACUGCUGCUCGUCGCCGUGCUGUGCGUCACGUGUCGCGGCCAGUCGUCCCAGGAGGUCUCCGAGGAGGACUCCGGACUGGGCCGAGCCGGGCCGGCCGCGGACCGAGACCUGGUCGCCGCGCUGCAGGCUCUGCUGCGCGGCCGCAGUCGGGAUCCCUCCGAGGAGAAGAGAGGAAGCAUCGCUCUGUGCGGGGUGGGUGACCGGUGUGCCAUGAAGUUCGGGCCUCGCAUCGGGAAGCUGUGUGACUGCGGCCGAGGAGCCAACUGCAACUCCUACCUGCUCAGGUGCAUCUGAAGCACCGAGGAGCUUCUUCUUCUUUUUAAAUGUAUCUUUUAAAUGUAUCUUUUUCCCCACGAACAUCCUUUACAGCAACAAACCCCAGAGUCUCAUCCCGGCGUUGUGUCGUCAUUCAUAUGCAACGUGCGUUGUUGUUGCUUUUUGAGGAGAUGAGACUUACUGUACGCAUGUUUAAUGUUCAAUAAAGGUCUUUGUCAACA